AUGGAUAUACAUGUACAUGCUGUUAUGUCCAAUUUCCCAGUCAGUGAUCAGAAAAUGAGACAGAUCAGAGAUGUUACCGAGACAGACCCACAGUCACGUACCCUAAAACAAACAAUUUUUGAGGGUUGGCCUGACCAACGAACAGACUGUCCAGAAUCUAUCACAGAAUUUUGGAACUUUAGGGACGAAAUGUCUGUUGUAGAAGACAUUAUUCUAAAAGGGUCGAAAAUCUAUAUACCAAAAGGGCUGAGAAGCGAAAUGCUUGACAAAAUUCACAGUGCACAUUUAGGCAUUGAGAAAUGUACACAAAGAGCUAAGGAGAUAAUGUUUUGGCCAAAAAUGUUUAAUGACAUAAAACAGAGAGUUAUGGAAUGCCCAGUAUGUCUUGAACAUCGGUCAGAAAAUGUGAAAGAACCUAUGAUUCAAACACCUUUGCCUGAUAGACCAUGGCAGACAGUUGCAACCGACAUAUUUACAUGGCAAGGUAAAGAUUUCAUUGUUCUAGUUGAUUACUACAGUAGGUACUUUGAGCUUAGUCAGUUAACAAGCACAAGAGCUCAAAAUAUCAUCCAGAAACUGAAAAGCUACUUCAGUAGACAUGGAAUACCUGAAACCCUGAUAAGUGACAAUGCUAGCUAUUACACGUGUCAAAGCUUUGCUGAUUUUGCUAGAGAAUGGGAUUUUAACCACAGAACGUCAAGUCCAACGUACAGCCAAAGUAACGGCCUUGCAGAAAAAUUUGUUUCUAUUUGCAAAAAUUUGCUUACUAAGUCCACACAGGCGGGUACGGAUCCCUACAUAGCACUUCUUGAGUACAGGAAUACCCCUUUAGCUUGUGGUAAGACACCUGCACAGUUGCUUAUGUCUAGACAGCUUAGGUCAAUUUUACCAGUAAUGGAUUCAAACCUUGAACCCAGAAUACCAGACAAAUCGAGUGUCCGAAACAAAAUGCAGAACAUAAAAAACAGGUCAAAAUUUUACUAUGAUAGAUCUGCCAGACCCAUGAAAUCCCUUGAAAAAGGUGAAGGUAUUAGGAUAAGACAAGGUAAAACUUGGCAACCAGCUGUAGUUUCUAAACAGGUUAAUGAUAGAUCUUACAUUGUGAGGACAGAGGAUGGUGGUAUGUACAGAAGGAAUAGACGUCAUUUAUUAAAAUCGCAUGAGAAGCCAUUUGAUGAAAUUGAUUUUCCAUCACUUCCAGCUACCCCACCAGCUCCACCCCUGAAUUUUCAAACUCCACAACCUUCAUGUCCUAAAAUUUCUCCAGAUCCAAUUAAGCAGGAAAAUGUUACAAAUUAUAACUCUAACCCAGAUUCAUCUGCCCUUUAUCAAACUAGAUCUGGAAGAAAUGUGCGACCACCAGAUAGAUUAAAUUUGUGA